AUGGAGGACACAAAAAUCAAGGCCUAUCGCAUCGUCGGCUGUGUGACAAUUAUCUUGUCGGGUGUAGCUGUGUUGUCCGUCUGCGCUACACUUCCAAUCUUCUAUCUAUACGUCUCUAAUGUUAGAAAGACAAUGGAAUUCGAAAUGGCAGUCUGCAGAAAUAAUGUGAAAACUGUCCUUGCUGAUGCGGUUACCCUGCAAAGAAAUCCUCACAAUCGCACGAUUCGUCAGAGCAGCUACGACACUACUACGAUUGACCUCUGUGCUGAGUGUUGUCUUCCUGGACUGCCUGGUAUUCAAGGUCCACCUGGAAAAGCAGGUAUUCCGGGCAAGCCUGGGAUUCCCGGUAGACCAGGUAGUCCUGGUCGGAUACCACAGGGUAUAUGUGAGCCCAUUACACCACCGCCAUGCCCACCAUGUCCGCCAGGUCAACCAGGACCACCAGGGCCACCUGGACCCAUUGGAAAUGCUGGGCUGAUAGGAGAACCAGGUCGCCCUGGAAUUGAAGGUUCACUUGGACAGCCGGGUGAGAAAGGACCGCCCGGUAUACCUGGACCACCAGGAAAACCAGGAGUAAACGGCGAGCCCGGAUUAGGUGGUAAGCAAGAAGAUCCGAUUCCUGGAAAAAGAGGACCACCUGGUCAACCAGGACCACCUGGAAUGCCUGGUAGUCCAGGGCACCCCGGAAAGGUAGGAGCUCCUGGAUUAGAUGGUCCAAAAGGUCCUCCAGGACCACCUGGAGUUCCAGGUUUGCCCGGAAAACCAGGUGUACCAGGAAGUCCAGGAGAACCAGGUAAAGAAGGAGAACGAGGAAUCUGUCCUAAAUACUGCGCACUUGAUGGUGGUGUAUUUUUUGAUGGCAUACCAACCUAG